AUGUCAACCACUCAAAGAAAUAAAGUCUCUGCUCAAGAAGGAAGGCUUCUUUUAGCCAUUCAAGCACUUAAAAAUGAUCAAAUUUCAAGCAUACGAGCUGCAGCAAAGCUGUAUGAUGUCCCUCGCUCAACCCUCACUCACCGUGUCUCUGGUCGUACAGCACGCGUGGACAUUCCCCCAAAGAACCGAAAACUUAGCCUUACAGAAGAAGAAUCACUUGUUCAAUGGAUUCUAGCCAUGGAUGAGCGAGGUCAGCCACCCCGGGUUGCAGCUGUACGAGAAAUGGCCAAUCUCCUUCUUGCCAGUCGAGGAAUCAACCCCUCACCCACAGUGGGUGAAUGCUGGGUACGAAACUUUGUCAAUCGCUAUGAAGAGCUGAAAUCCAAGUUCUCCCGCAAGUACGACCAUCAACGUGCACUAUGUGAGGAUCCUGAGGUUAUCCGUGGGUGGUUUAAGCUUGUACAAAACACCAUUGCAAAAGUGGUGACUGGAUCUGAAAGAGCUAGGAAUCCCAAGCUUGUACAGCCUGGAGAUCGGGAAUGGAUGACUGUUAUUGCUGGGGUCAAUGCAAUGGGCUGGGCUCUCCGUACAAUGAUUAUCCUCAAGGGAAAGAUGCAUCAGUCCUCUUGGUAUGAGACUGAAGGGCUGCCGCAUGACUGGGUGAUUGGAGUCACUGAAUUUGAUCAAUUCUGCUCUGAGAAUCAGAUCAUUGCUCUCUACAUGCCACCACAUUCCUCUUAUCUUCUUCAGCCACUGGAUGUUGGGUGCUUCUCCCCAUUAAAAACUGCAUAUGGACGACAGGUGGAGAAUCAGAUGCGGCUUGGGAUCAAUCAUAUUGACAAGGAGGAGUUUCUGGCCCUAUAUCCUGCAGCUCAGAUGCAGGCUCUGACUGAGAACAACAUCAAGAGCAGUUUCAGGGCAGCUGGACUGGUUCCAUACAAUCCUGAGCAGGUUCUCUCGCGCCUUAAUACCACAAUGCAUACCCCCACCCCACCUGGGACCUCUCAUAGCUCUCAGGCCUCCUGGGCCAUUGCUACACCACAUAAUAUACACCAGCUAGAGCAGCAGACUAAGAAAGUUAAAGGAUAUAUUAAGCACCGUACGCAGAGCCCACUCAACCCAACUGAUCGUGCCCUAAAUCAGCUGGUCAAGCCCAAGAGGGAGCUUUGGGGGUGA